CAGCGAGCGGGCACCCCUGCCAUCUGCACGGCUGCACGCCUUGCGGGUGGCCCAGGCGCGGAAACACACUCUGAACAGAGCGCGGAGGUGUCGCCUGGGACUCCGCCCGUCGCAUUUGCGUUCAGCGGCGCCAAAGCGCCGUUGAGGUUCCCAGUGCGAGGAUAGAGGAGCAGGGGGCACGAUGACGGUCUGGAGGGACAUCGUCCGCCCAGAGACCGGGCCCCAGCUCGAGCACGACUACGUUGUGGGGCAGGUGCUGGGCAAGGGCGCGUUUGGGGUGGUGCGCCUAGUGCAAGACAAGAAGAUGGGGCGCAUGUAUGCCUGCAAGAGCAUCAGCAAGGCCAAGCUGAUCAGCAAGGAAGAUGUGGACGACGUGCGGCGCGAGGUGGAGAUCCUCAACCUCGUGUCCCCGCACCGCACCGUGGCGGGGCUGAGCCAGGUGUACGAGGACCGCAUGGCGGUACACAUCGUCAUGGAGCUGUGCGCGGGCGGGGAGCUGUUUGAGCGCAUCGUGGCCAAGGGGACCUUCAGCGAGGCGGAGGCGGCCAGGCACUUCCGCACAAUGGUGGAGAUGGUGGCGCACCUGCACGCGCUGGGGGUGAUGCACCGCGACAUCAAGCCCGAGAACUUCCUGCUCACCGACCCCACAGAUGCCGCCGACCUCAAGGCGUGCGACUUUGGUCUGUCCGACUUCUUCAAGCCCGGCCAGCACUUCACCAGCCUCAUUGGCUCCGCAUACUACGUGGCGCCCGAGGUGCUGCGCCGCAACUACGGGCCCCAGUGCGACAUCUGGAGCCUGGGCGUGGUGCUUUACAUCCUUCUGUCGGGCAUGCCGCCGUUCUGGGGCAACGACGAGAAGGAGAUCUUCACAUCCAUUCUGCGGGGGAACUUGGACUUCAGCACAGCGCCCUGGCCGGCCAUCUCGGAUCUCGCCAAGGACCUUGUGCGCUCCAUCCUGACGUUUGACAGCACGCAGCGUGCCACCGCGGCGCAAAUCCUGCAGCACCCGUGGCUGGCGGCGCAGGGCGCCGCGCCCGACCGGCCGCUGGACAAUGUGGUGAUCACCCGCCUGCGCAACUUUGCGGGCAUGACGCGCCUGCGCAAGGCCGCCAUCCUGGCGGCCGCCAGCAGCCUCAGCCACGAGGAGAUUCACGGCCUGCGCGAGCUGUUCAAGUCGUUUGACAAGAACGGCGACGGCCACAUCACGCUGGACGAGCUGCGGGAGGGGCUGGCCCACCAGGGCGUGCUGGCAGACGGCGAGGUGGAGCAGAUCUUGCGAGACACAGAUGUGGAUGGCAACGGGGUGAUAGACUAUGAGGAGUUUGUGGCGAGCACUGUGAACCUCAACCUGCUGGAGCGGGAGGAGGUGUGCAUCAAGGCGUUCCAGAAGCUGGAUAAGGAUGGCAGCGGCACGCUGACGGCGGAUGAGGUGGCGGAAGCAAUGGGCAUGGCCGGAAAGAUGACGGAGGAGGAGGUGAAGGAGAUGAUCACGCGGUACGAUGUGGACGGCAACGGGGUCAUCGACUAUGCAGAGUUCAUCAAGAUGCUGCACGAGAGCGACCCGCACCUCAAGCGCGCGUCAGAGAGCUUGAAGCGCGGCGUGGUGGGGCUGCACGUGUGAGCGGCCCGCCCUGCCUGUGUGACACGACGGACGAGCGGCGGCGGAUGCGGCAUAGCGCGCGCGCCCGUCCCCGCCACCGUCACACCCCCCCACGUGGAACCCCUCCCCCGAUUUUGCGAUUCUUUCCUCUCUGCAUGAGCAGGCGCGCCUUAUCUGUCCCCCCUCGCUGUGUGCUGUUACCCCGCCUCAUCAUCCCUGUUUCUGUGCCUACUCUCCCCCUCCCUACCCAGUCUAGGCUAUGAAUGCUCUUCGGUGUGCUCGCCUGCGUGACCCCUGCCUGUGCAAGCGAACCU